CGAGCAACAAGGCAACGGCAACGAGCAACCGCAGUGGCAGUCCGUCGAAGUUGCGCGCCGGUUGUGUCGUUAGGAAUAUACAAAAUACUAUAUACUGGGUGCAUGCGUUCUGCCUGCGUACCUAUUCUAAGCUGUGCAAUCUUCGCGGCUCUUUCUUGACUGGCUUUAGCUUUUCGCUCGUUUCCUGCAAACGGCCAGCGAAACGCAGGUAUUGAACCGGACUUCUCUUUUACGUUUUGGUGAUUUUCUGUGUGACUUACCGUUUGGUGUUAAUUGGUCGAUUGGUGCUCUAGAGGCCAAUUUUUUUUUGGGGAAUCCCAUUCAUUAGUUCAGCUACGAGUAUAAAAAUAUAUCUCUGAGCCUCUGAAAAUAUGGAAGUAGGAUUGCAAAGCGGUUUCGUGGCCAAUGGAGGACCGCCUCCCCCGGCUGGAAUUUUAGCCGUAGGAGAAGUUCAGAGGACUACUAACAGUAGAUCGCCAGCAAAGACCGGACUGCACGUCAACUUUAAAGAAAAAGGAGAAAUCAAGGAAAAACGAGAGAAGUUUUUAACUGCCAAAUACGGACAUCACCAAAUGAGCCUUAUAAGGAAACGUCUGGCUGUGGAAAUGUGGCUGUAUGAAGAACUUAAGAAACUAUACGAAUCAAAAAAUGAUUUAUUUUUAUCACGUAUACGGGUUCGCAGAUUAGCUACAUUUAUUCAAAGUAAGCUAUUUGCAAUGCAAAAUUACAACUGA